GUCUUAACUGAGACGGGGGCAAGGCAGGAGAGGGUGGAGGAAAUUCUGCAGGAGACAGGCUUCCUCCAGGGUCUGGAGAACCCAGAGGCAGCUCCUCCUGACUGCUGGGAAGGACUCUGGGCAUCUUCAGCCCUUCUUACCCUCUGAGGCUCAAGCCAGAAAUUCAGGCUGCUUGCAGAGUGGGUGACAGAGCCACGGAGCUGGUGUCCCUGGGACCCCCUGCCCGUCUUCUCUCCACUCCCCAGCAUGGAGGAAGGUGGUGAUUUUGACAACUACUAUGGGGCAGACAACCAGUCUGAGUGUGAGUACACAGACUGGAAAUCCUCGGGGGCCCUCAUCCCUGCCAUCUACAUGUUGGUCUUCCUCCUCGGCACCACGGGCAACGGUCUGGUGCUCUGGACCGUGUUUCGGAGCAGCCGGGAGAAGAGGCGCUCAGCUGAUAUCUUCAUUGCUAGCCUGGCGGUGGCUGACCUGACCUUCGUGGUGACGCUGCCCCUGUGGGCUACCUACACCUACCGGGACUAUGACUGGCCCUUUGGGACCUUCCUCUGCAAGCUCAGCAGCUACCUCAUCUUCGUCAACAUGUACGCCAGCGUCUUCUGCCUCACCGGCCUCAGCUUCGACCGCUACCUGGCCAUCGUGAGGCCAGUGGCCAAUGCUCGGCUGAGGCUGCGGGUCAGCGGGGCCGUGGCCACGGCGGUUCUGUGGGUGCUGGCCGCCCUCCUGGCCAUGCCUGUCAUGGUGUUACGCACCACCGGGGACCUGGAGAACACGACCAAGGUGCAGUGCUACAUGGACUACUCCAUGGUAGCCACUGUGAGCUCAGAGUGGGCCUGGGAGGUGGGCCUGGGGGUCUCGUCCACCACCAUGGGCUUUGUGGUGCCCUUCACCAUCAUGCUGACCUGUUACUUCUUCAUCGCCCAAACCAUCGCUGGCCACUUCCGCAAGGAGCGCAUCGAGGGCCUGCGGAAGCGGCGCCGGCUACUCAGCAUCAUCGUGGUGCUGGUGGUGACCUUUGCCCUGUGCUGGAUGCCCUACCACCUGGUGAAGACGCUGUACAUGCUGGGCAGCCUGCUGCACUGGCCCUGUGACUUUGACCUCUUCCUCAUGAACAUCUUCCCCUACUGCACCUGCAUCAGCUACGUCAACAGCUGCCUCAACCCCUUCCUCUAUGCCUUCUUUGACCCCCGCUUCCGCCAGGCCUGCACCUCCAUGCUCUGCUGUGGCCAGAGCAGUUGCGCGGGCACCUCCCACAGCAGCAGUGGGGAGAAGUCAGCCAGCUACUCUUCGGGGCACAGCCAGGGGCCCGGCCCCAACAUGGGCAAGGGUGGAGAACAGAUGCACGAGAAAUCCAUCCCCUACAGCCAGGAGACCCUUGUGGUUGACUAGGGCUGGGAGCAGAGAGAAGCCUGGCACCCUCGGCCCUCCCCAGCCUUUGCCCUUGCUUUCUGAAAAUCAGGGUCAGUGGCCCUUUUCCUAAGGAGGCCUCCUGCUUGCCAUGGGCCAAAAGGCACGGGGUGGGUUUUUUUCUCUCCCUACCCUCAGGAUUGGACCUCUUGGCUCUGCUGGAUUGGGGAUCUGGGAAUAGAGACUGGAGCAGGUGUGAUGGGGCAGAUGGCAUGAUGUCUACACUGCCAGAGAGACCGUGCGGAUGAAAUUAAUAGUGGGGCCUUUGUGAGCUAGCGGCGGGGAGUGUCUAUUCCGGGUUUUGUUCUUGGAGGACUAUGAAAGUGAAGGACAAGACAUGAGCGAUGGAGAUAAGAAAAGCCCAGCUUGAUGUGAAUGGACAUCUUGACCCUCCCUGGAAUGGCACCACCUCUGGGGGCAGAGGGAGGAGGAGAGGGGAAGGGGCUCCUCACAGCCUAGUCUCCCCAUCUUAAGACAGCAUCUUCCACAGAGUCACCUCCUCUGCCCAGAGCUGUCCUCAAAGCAUCCAGUGAACACUGGAAGAGGCUUCUAGAAGGGAAGAAGUUGUCCCUCUGAGGCCCCUGUGGGUGACCUGCAGAGACUUCCUGCCUGGAACUCAUCUGUGAUCUGGCACAGAAGCAGAGGAGGCUGCCUGCUGUGAUACCCCCUUACUUCCCCCAGUGCCUUCUUCAGAAUGUCUGCACUGUCUUCUGACCCUGUUAGUCACUGUGGUUCAUCAAAUAAAACCGUUUGUGUAA